AUGCGCCGGGCCGCGUCGGGCCGAGGAGGGUACCCGCCGUACCGGCGCGGCACCGCGACGGCGACAAUGCGUCGUGCGGUCCGCGCGCGCGGCACUCGUUCCGUCGCGGGUUCGGCGCGCCCGGGCGUUUACGAACGUUAUCGGUUUUGUGGUUUUCCGCCUUUCCCGCGCCGUCGCGCCGCCGCCCGCCGGCCGCCACUACCGGCCGAACCGGUCGGCGACGACGAUAAUAACGACAAUUACCCCCCACCCUCCCGCCGCACGCAGCCUCCAGCGCCCGUCGCCCCGGCCGCGGCGACCGUUGUCCGUUGUUGUAAUUACGCCGCCGCCGCCGCCGCCGCCGUUCCGUCGGACGAGAGCGCUGCCGUUCGCGGUAUCCGAUCGACGUUUCGUUCGUUGACGUACCGAACCGAACCGGCGUCAUAA